AUGGCUGAGAUGGCUGAGAGCAAGGUGGCCACGAAGCACGUUGAGGCCGUAGCCGACUACAGUGAGGACGCUGCCCACCGCGGUCAACUACUCUUCGAUGAGGAGCGGCAUCUCGGUGUUCUCGCGACGGCAAAGCUACAUCGCAGAGCACUAUUGACAUGUAGUGUUACCUUCACGGCUGGACUGGUGUUUGGCUUCGACACCGUCGUUAACGGCGCCUCUAUAUCAAUGCCAUCAUUCCUUCUGUACUUCGGCAGCAUUGGACCUACAGGACCGUUCCUCCCAUCCAUCUGGACGUCGUUAUGGACCGCAAUGUCCGGUCUGUGUCAAGCAAUAGGAGCCAUUAUCAUUGGCAUUGUUGCUGACAGAUUCGGUCGAAAAUGGUCUGCAUGUGGUGCUGCAGCUCUCACUCUCGUUGGUACCGCCGUCCAGUACACCGCCCACGCAAGGGGAACAUUGAUGGCUGGCAAGAUGAUCGCCGGGCUCGGUGUUGGCGCAAUCCUGGCUGUUGCUACCACUUACGCCUCGGAGGUGGCACCUCUCAAGCUACGAGGACCGAUUCAGGCCACCCUUGUGUUGUUUACCGUCUUCAUGCAAGGUCUUGCCUUGGGUGUGGUUCGAGUCUUUGUCCCAAACGUUCAUGAACAGGCAUUCAGAAAUGUCUUUGCGACACAGUGGGCAGUCGGUGGGCUUGCUCUUAUCUGCUUCGCGCUUGUCCCAGAAUCUCCAGUGUUUUUGAUCACCCGUGGCGAUAUACCCGCAGCUCGAAAGGUAAUGGGGCGAAUCUACGGAGAGAAGAAACAGCCAGAUGAGAGAACAGCGUUACUCAUCAGAACCAUCCGUGACGAGCAGGCCAACAGCAAACUCACUGGGGGCACCUACCUCGAUUGCUUCAAGGGAACGGACAGAAUACGAACAGGUACCGUAGCCUUCUUGUACACGACGUCAAAUGUCGGUGGCGCAGGCUUUCUCGCACAGAACAUCUACUUCCUCAUCAUUGCCGGACUCGAGCCAAUUCAUGCUUUCGAUAUUGGGAUCGGGGGUUUUGGUUUGGCCAUCCUUAUCAUCAUCGCUAGUGGUGCGUACUUGAAGAAGAUCAGUCGUCGUACGACGGUUAUCGCUGGCUGUGUCAUGAAUAUCUUUUUCAUGAUUAUCAUUGGCGCACUGUACUAUGCCCCUGGCCGUGGAGCAUUGUGGGCUAUCGCUAUUCUCAUGAAUCUUUUGAUAUCCUUUCAAACAAGUACCCUUCAGGCGGUGGGAUGGCCCACUGCGGCAGAAAUUCCUAGCUAUCGAUUACGAGCGAAGACCCUGUCGAUCGGAGUGUUCGCUCAGACGCUGACGACGUGGUUCUUCUCUUUCGUCACGCCGUACAUGUACAACGUGGACUCGGGAAACCUCGGGGCACGCACUGGGUUUGUCUAUGCGGGCACGAGUGUUUUCCUUGUCAUAAUCGCCUACCUCUACUGUCCCAAUACCGCGGGAUUGUCCACUCAAGAGAUUGAUGAUCUCUACGAACAAAAGAUGUCUCCGAGGCUGUUCCAAGCCAGGGACAGGCAACUUGAUGAGCAGGGAAUGCGCGACAAGAAUUUGCAAUCGGAUGUCCGGAGCUGA